AUGGCGGGCGCCGAAGUAAAUCGCGUAGGCAUGAGAAUGCCGAAAUUUACUUCCGAGGAUCCGGAACUGUGGUUUAAUAUCAUAGAUCGGAGCUUCCAGGCCGCUGGAAUUACUACGGACGCGACCAAGUUCGGUUACGUUCUUACGGCGAUCGGUCCGCGACACGCAAUGGAGGUACGCGACAUAAUAAUGAACCCGCCAGCGGAACGCACGUACGAAACUUUAAGAUGCGAGCUCAUAAAAAGACUAAGUUUAUCGCAGGAGCACAAGACGCGACGGCUCCUGGAGCAUGAGGAGAUAGGCGACCGCAAACCGACACAAUUUUUGCGGCACCUUCGAGGUCUCGCCGGUAAUGUCGUCGGGGAUGAAGUGCUGCGAACCAUUUGGUUGAGUCAACUACCUGUUUAUUUGCAGCCGCAUCUUGUAACGCGCGUGGGAGAUACGCUGGAGAUGCUCGCGGAUAUGGCGGACGCGAUCGUGGAGGCAACGAGAGCGCCCGCGGUGCACGUCGCGGAAGCGGCUCGGCCGACGACGUUCGCGGGUGCCGACGGAAACGGAAUGGCUGCAUUGGAAGCGAGGAUCAAUGUGCAGAUGACACAGAUGCGUAUGGCCAUGCAGCAAGAGUUCGCGGAACAAAUGACCGGCUUGCGAAAAUGCAUCAAGGCGUUAGGAGAGCGAGAACCUCGCCGGAGCGACGGCGGUGGUCGUCGCAGGCGGGAGCGUUCGCGAUCGCGCUCUCGCGUCCGUGGUCACGCGUCAAACGGUCUGUGUUACUACCAUUGGAGAUUCGGACCGGACGCACGAAGAUGUGAGCCCCCGUGUCCCAGACAGCCGCAGGGAAACGCGACUGAUGGCCCGUCACUGAUGACGGCCGGUGAUCAAGGCCAGGAUUCGCGCCGUCUGUUCGUGACUGACCGCGACACGCGAAUUAACUUCCUCGUGGAUACAGGCGCAGACCUAUGCGUUUUUCCUCGCAGGAUGGUGCGUAGGCCGCGGCAGAAAUCGACGUACGAGUUAUCCGCAGCGAAUGGAACGGUGAUCCAUACCUACGAAACCGAGACGUUAACGUUGAAUCUCGGAUUACGACGGAACUUUACGUGGCGAUUUGUACUCGCAGAUGUGUCGAGGCCGAUUAUCGGCGCGGACUUUCUGUCCUAUUACGGACUCCUGGUGGACUUGCGGAAUCGUCGGCUAGUCGAUCAGGCGACGGGACUCGUGGCCGGGGGACGUAGCGCACAGUGCGGAAUGCCGACCAUACGAACGGUGACGGGAGUGACGCCGUAUCACAAACUCUUAGCGUGUUAUUAA